AUGUCUUCCUCCAUCGCCAAUACUCAGCUGACUUCCGAGUAAGUAGUACAUGCUACUGAGGCCUGGGACGACCACAGUCAUUGUGGCUGUAGUACUUUGUUGCUGACGCUGCAUCGUCGGCUCAUCGUCCUCAGCUUUGCGAUCAAGCCGGAGAGCGUCACCCCGACGCUCAACACCAAGGACUGGCCCCUGCUCCUCAAGAACUAUGACAAACUCUUGGUUCGGAGUCAGUAAUUUUCUGGUCACUGCUGGCUCAUGAUGUGCCUUGCUCAUGCACAAAUCUGCACACCCACUCGACCUCCAUUGCAGGCGCUCAUUUUACUCCCAUCCCUGCCGGAAGCUCACCCUUGAAGCGGGACCUCGUCUCAUACAUCAAAACCGGUGUCAUCAACCUCGACAAGCCCUCGAACCCGUCCUCGCACGAAGUCGUCGCAUGGAUCCGCCGCAUCCUCCGCGUCGAGAAAACCGGUCACUCGGGUACGCUUGACCCCAAGGUCACUGGCUGCUUGACGGUCUGCAUCGACCGGGCUACCCGUCUCGUCAAAUCGCAACAGGGCGCAGGGAAGGAGUACGUUUGCGUCGUUCGUCUCCACGCAGGUAUCGAUGGCGAGAAGGCCCUCGCCCGCGCACUCGAGACCCUCACCGGUGCGCUCUUCCAGCGACCCCCCUUGAUCUCGGCCGUCAAGCGUCAAUUGCGAGUGCGCACCAUCUACCAGGCCAAGCUGAUCGAGUUCGACAACGACCGUCACCUGGGUGUCUUCUGGGUUUCCUGCGAGGCCGGAACCUACAUUCGUACCUUGUGCGUGCACUUGGGUCUUCUGCUCGGAUGCGGUGGCCACAUGCAGGAGCUCCGACGAGUAAGAUCAGGAGCGAUGGGAGAGGGUGACGACAUUGUCACGAUGCACGAUGUGCUCGAUGCGCAAUGGCUGUACGACAACACACGCGAUGGUCAGUUCAACUAGCUUUGCCCCACUAUCUGCGCAGAGGUAGCCAUACUCACCUAGCCUCUCUUCUCGGGACAGAAUCGUACCUGCGACGAGUUGUUCGACCCCUGGAGAGUCUGCUUGUCGGGUACAAGCGUAUCGUCGUCAAGGACAGCGCCGUCAACGCCGUCUGCUACGGUGCCAAACUCAUGAUCCCUGGUCUUCUCCGAUACGGUCAGUCUCUCUCAUCGCGGAUGGCGUCGAACCAGACCUAACGCUUCGGACUUUCAUUUUCAGAAUCUGACAUCGAGCUCAACGAGGAGGUCGUGUUGAUGACGACCAAGGGCGAGGCGAUUGCGAUCGGCAUUGCGCAAAUGACGACCGUCGAGCUUUCGACUUGCGACCACGGCGUCGUCGCCAAGGUCAAGCGAUGCAUUAUGGACCGCGACACAUACCCUCGCAAGUGGGGACUGGGCCCCAAGGCGCAGGAGAAGAAGAAGAUGGUCAAGGACGGCAAGCUGGACAAGCACGGGCGAGUGAACGAGAAGACCCCUGCUGGGUGGAAGUCCGAGUACGUCGACUACUCCAAGCAAGGCGAAGGGUUGGACGCUUCUUCGGCCGCAGCGCCGACGACGAUCCCUACUCAACCGGUCGCGACCGAGAUCGUGCCGCCUCCCACGGCCUCGACGAGCGCUACCGCCGUCGAGAGUGUGGUCGAGGAUGUCAAGGCCGAGAAGAAGGCCAAAAAGGAUAAGAAGGUGAGCUACUCUUGUGGCGUGGCUAACUGACGGUGAAUGGGAAUGAUGAAAAUUGAUAUAUUUCGUAUUCCCUCCACUUUUUGCAGCGCAAGGCCGAAGCCGAGCCCGAGUCGGAAGCGGCGGUCGCGGUGGAGGAGACGGAGGAGGAGCGCAAGAAGCGGAAAGAGGAGAAGAAGGCGGCCAAGAAGGCCAAGUUGGCUGCUUCGGGUGCGGGCGACGAGUCGAUGGUCAUGACCGAGGGUGAAGGUGAGGCGAAGGAGAAGAAGAAGAAGAAGAAGGACAAGAAGGCCGCCGAGUGA